AUGCGUCCCUCCGCGGGCAUGGCGCUGGGCGUGGCGCUCGCUCAAGCACACAAUUUCCACCUGCAAACGCAACAGGAUUUGAGUCAAUUUGUGUUACCUCUGACCGGUACCACUAAUGGAGGCAACACAUUUCCUGGUGUGAGCGUGCCGUUCGGAAUGGUUAAAUUGGGACCUGACUUAUACACCGGAUCCGAUAGCUACUCGGGCUACCAGUCGACCGGUAGCUUCAUCGGUUUUAGCCUGCUGCACGAGAGCGGCACUGGCGGCGCCCCAAAAUACGGCGUUGUCUCACAGAUGCCCGCCGUCGGCACCAUCGAAAACCCAUUGGCCGAUCAGAGCGUCAACCGGAGUGCUGCAGAUGUGGCGCGGCUUGGCUACUAUAAGUCAAAUUUAUCCAACGAUGUUACGGUGGAAUUGGGCGCAACCGCCAAAGCUGGAUUAUACCAGUACCAGUUCUCUGGAAAUGCUGCUGCUUCGAAUAUCAUCGUCGACGUCUCGCACGUUCUUCCGUCAUUCAGGGGUCAAGGUCUAGGCCAAAAUUAUUUGGGUGGUAACAUCUCGGUGACGACGACUGAUAACAGUGUUCGUUACACAGGAUCUGGUUCUUAUGACAAUGGAUGGAACCGUGCUCCGCAAUGGACGGUGUAUUUCUGCGGCUAUUUCGAUCAGGCGGCAACAUUCAAGACAUUCCUCGGAAAUGGCUCGAGCGGUGACGACUUACAGGAUUAUAGUACCGCGAGUUCACAGGAUUCCAAGUCUCGGCUGGGUGCUGUUUUCACUUUUAGUAGUGCUAAUGUCACAUCGCGAGUAGGAGUAUCGUUUAUUUCAUCCGAACAAGCUUGCACAAAUGUCGAUACCGAGAUACCCGCGGGAACGUCCCUAGAGACUUUGGAAAAGAAUGUGAAAACGGCAUGGAACAGCCAAGUGUUGUCCAAGAUCACGACAACGGAUACCUCCAACACCACGAGGCUACAACUCCUUUACUCGUCGUUAUACCAUAUGUCCCUCAUCCCGACCAACAAGACGGGUGAGAAUCCCCUUUGGUCGUCAGCUGAGCCUUAUUACGAUGAUAUUUUCACAUUCUGGGAUUUGCACCGUUGCACAACAUCGCUUUUCCACAUCCUACAGCCUGUAGCGUACGAAGAAUUCAUCCGCUCCCUUGUCGAUAUAUGGAGGAAUGAGGGCUUCUUGCCCGAUGCGCGGUCCUCGUUUUUCAAUGGCGCGACGCAAGGCGGCUCUAACGCAGAUAACGUUCUUGCAGAUGCUUACGUGAAGGGUGUCCGCGGCGCAGUCAACUGGGACGACGCAUAUUCCGCCAUGGUUACCGAUGCUGAGAAAGUGCCUGCCAACAACAACGAUUCGAGAGAUAAGUCAUCUUCGACUAAGGAAGGAAGAGGCGCGCUCCCGGAUUGGAUAGAUCGCGGCUUCAUCACCACAAAGUACGGGCGAUCUGUCAGUCGAGCUAUCGAAUACGCCGGCAACGACUUUGGUCUGUACCAAGUAGCCAAAGGUCUCGGCAAAGAUGACGAUGCGCAGAAAUACCUCAACCGUUCUCGCAACUGGCGCAACCAAUGGAACCCGGACCUGACCGCGCUCGGGUUCUCCGGUUUCCUUGGGCCGAUCGACCAGAGCGGCAAAUUCACGUCGCAGGACCCGCUCAGCUGCGGAGGAUGCUACUGGGGCGACGCCUACUAUGAAGCCCUUCCGUUCGAGUACUCGUUUAACGCGCACCACGACAUGAACAAGCUGAUCGAACUGGCGGGCGGUAACGACACUUUCCUGUCGCGACUCGAGAAGUUCUUCGAGGGCGGCGUCAGCUCCGGAAACUCCCAGUUCAACCACACCCUCUUCAACCCCGGCAACGAGCCUAGCUUCACCACCCCCUAUCUGUUCAACUUCGUCGGCCGCCAAGACUUGAGCGUCAAGCAAAGUCGCUACGCCGCCAAUAGUUACUACGCGCCUACGCCCGGAGGUUUACCCGGCAACUCAGACGCCGGCGCCAUGGAAUCCUGGGUCUUAUGGUCAAUGAUCGGGCUGUACCCGCUUACCGGCCAAACCACCUUCCUCAUCGGAUCACCAUGGUUCAGCAACCUAGCCAUCGAUCUCGGCAGCGGGAAGAAGCUCAUCAUCACGAGCACCGGCGGCGGCGGCCAAUCAUACUACGUGCAAUCCCUCAGAGUCAACGGACAGGUCUGGAAUAAAUCGUGGGUAACAUGGAACGACAUCUUCGCCAACGGCGGAAAGCUAGACUUCGUACUUGGCUCUGAGCCCGUGAACUGGGCUACGGGUGACCUGCCGCCGAGUCCGGCGACAGAGAGCUCGUAG